ACAGACAGCCUGUGGCCAGAGAGGCUGGCCCCAGAAAAGUCAGAGGUUCCUCGGGGGACACUUUUCGUUUUGAAGGACUCUCUCUCCCCCAUGCCUGGAACGCACUCCCUUCUUCCCUCUGCUUCUUAGGCUCUAGUUCACUUUAAAGCUUAGCUCAGGGACCACUACCUGCGGUGCCCCUCAGGUGCUUGUGCCCCCACGUGCCCCACCAAUUACCUUGCGUUUAUUGUGUGCAUGGUUUGUUUCUCCCAAUAGAGGGCAAGGUCCCAGGAGGCAGAGACUUCCAGGCUUUUGUCCACGCAGCCUUAGGGCCUAACCCAGCUACUGCCCCAGAGAGCUAGAAGCAAAUGCUCAUUGAUGGACUGUGAUCUCCUACCUGUGUGAGGCUUUUAACCCCUUAUGGUGAUCCAGCCCACACUGCAUCUGAGUGGCCAAUGGGCUCUGGGAGGAACGUGCUGUGGGAGGGUCUGUUGUAAUUGAUUGUUCUUCUGUGUUGGCCAGUGGUGCCUAUGAAGGACAUCCCCAUGGAUGGCAUCUCUGUUGCUGACGUUGGACCGGCGGUCGUUAGUAUCUUCCGAUCCCCAGAAGAGUUCCUGGGCAAGGCCGUGGGUCUCAGUGCAGAAGCCCUGACAGUUCAGCAGUAUGCAGACAUCCUGUCCAAGGUCUUGGGGAAAGUGAUUAAAGACGCCAAGAUCACCCCAGAAGCUUAUGAGAAGCUGGGAUUCCCUGGAGCCCAGGAAAUAGCUAACAUGAUGCGCUUCUGUCACAUGAAGCCAGACAGAGAUGUGAAGCUCACACACAGGCUCCACCCCAAGGUCAAGAGUUUCUCCCAAUUUGUCUCAGAGAACAAAGAGGCCUUCAAGGACCUAUAGGAAGAAGCAUUCAAGCCAGUUUGGUGUGGCCAACUUCCUCCAUGACAAUGUGGCACCGUGGCCAGAGUGCUGCAUUUGCAGGGAGAUCUGGGUUCAAAUCCUGACUUUGCCACUAACAACCUGUGACCUUAGGCAGUUUCUUGACCUUUCUGGGCCUC